AUGUCGCUAUUGGGCACUAUCAACCCGAAUCCUCGUCGGUCCCAAUCGGUGGUUAGCCAUAAUCUUCCCCCUUCACCUCACGAUGACAAUCCAGCCCAUGCCUUACCGGAGGAUCGAAGUCAGGAAAAAUGUGAUAUCGAGACUCUACAAACGGAGGAGGUCGGGAGAAUGUCUAUUGUCAGCCAUCUAGCAAGGCAGCUCACGCGUCACUCCACUCAAUUCUCUGAAAAGGUCAUCAUCGACAAUCCAUUCACGGUUAAGGACCCGGAGUCUACGGUCAACCCGCACAAUCCAAAUUUCAGAAAAAAUGCACUGAACAUCCUGCUCGAGAUUGGAACCGUUUUCCGCCGGCUAGUUGGACUCAAGAUGCCAAAGAUUCAGAUCAUUCGCGAUUUUGAGGGGCUAGUCAGAAGUGGUGAAAUGCUAGUUGUCUUGGGAAGACCCGGUAGCGGUUGCUCAACUUUUCUCAAAACGAUUGCUGGGGAAAUGAAUGGGAUCCAGAUGUCAGACGCAUCGGUGCUGAACUACCAAGGUAUAUCUUCUAAGCAAAUGCAGAAAAACUUCAAAGGCGAAGCGAUCUACUCUGCCGAGACAGAGAUUCACUUUCCCCAGCUCUCGGUUGGUGACACCUUAACCUUUGCCGCCCUUGCAAGAGCCCCUAAGAAUCGGCUUGGUGGCGUGAGUGCCAAAAAGUACGCAGAGCACAUGAGAGAUGUGGUUAUGACUAUGCUUGGGCUGAAUCACACUAUCAACACCCGUGUUGGCAAUGACUUCAUUCGGGGAAUCAGUGGCGGCGAGAGAAAACGCGUUAGCAUCGCAGAGGCAACUCUAAGCCAAAGCCCGGUUCAAUGUUGGGAUAACAGCACGAGGGGUCUUGAUAGCGCCAACGCAUUGGAGUUCUGUAAGAACCUUGCUCUGAUGAGUCGGUAUUCAGGCACAACCGUCUGUCUCGCUAUAUACCAAGCAUCGCAAAGUGCCUACGACGUUUUUGACAAGGUGACUGUGCUCUACGAGGGACGCCAAAUAUAUUUUGGACCGGCAUCCGAGGCUAAGAAGUUCUUUUUUGAGACGGGAUUCGACUGUCCAGAGCGCCAGACCACUGCAGACUUUCUCACGUCGCUCACUAGUCCUACGGAGCGUUUAGUUCGACCAGGGUUCGAAGGAUACGUGCCUCGUACCCCGGACGAAUUCGCGGCAAUGUGGAAGAAAAGCAGUUCUCGUGCUCGACUUCUUAGAGAAAUCGAGCACUUCGAGGCCCAGUAUCCCAUCGGAGGCUCUUCUUAUGAUACAUUCGUGAAAGCUCGCCAAGUGGUACAAGCGAACUCACAACGAGCCAAGUCUCCAUACACCAUUUCAAUCUGGAAUCAGAUCAACCUCUGCAUCAGCCGUUGUUUCCAGCGUCUUCGUGGAGAUUUCAGCUUGACUGCAAGCUCUCUGAUCGGAAACCUUAUUAUGGCACUGAUUCUUGGCUCGAUUUUCUUUGAUCUCCCAAACAACACCCUCAGCUUCUACUCUCGCUCAGCUUUGCUUUUCUUCGCAGUGCUUUUAAACGCAUUCUCCACCUCCCUUGAAAUUCUCACCCUGUAUGCGCAGCGGCCAAUUGUGGAGAAGCAUGCGAGGUACGCUUUUUAUCAUCCUUGCGUGGAAGCUAUCUCGUCUAUAAUCUGUGAUGUACCCUACAAAUUGAUCAACUCAGUUACUUUCAAUGUACCACUCUACUUUAUUACAAACCUACGACGUGAUGCCGGGGCUUUCUUCACCUUCUGGAUUUUUUCUAUUGUCACAUGUUUCACCAUGUCAAUGGUUUUUCGCACCAUCGCCGCCUCAUCGCGCUCACUCUCGUCGGCCCUCGUCCCUGCCGCUAUACUAAUAUUAGGCCUGGUUCUCUACACAGGAUUCACUAUACCCACAAGAAAUAUGCUUGGCUGGUCCCGCUGGAUGAACUAUGUCAACCCAAUUGCCUAUUCGUUCGAGAGUUUUAUGGUUAACGAAUUUGCUGGCAGACAGUUCCCAUGCACAACCAUUAUUCCAUCAGGAGGGCAAUAUAAUGCAGUUCCGUUGAACCAUCGGAUUUGUUCUACCGUUGGUGCCGAGCCUGGUUCCAUGGUGGUGGAUGGGACACGGUUUCUCGAGCUAAGCUAUCAUUAUAGCCCGGCGCACUUAUGGAGAAACAUGGGGAUUAUUCUGGGGUUCAUGGUCUUCUUCUUCUUUACAUAUGUCCUGGCGACUGAGCUCAUAUCGGAGCAGAAGUCAAAAGGGGAGGUUCUUCUGUUCCGCCGUGGCCACCAGUUGAAGCAUCCUGAUAGCGAGGAUUUGGAGAUCUCCUCGCAGCCCUCGGGGACGGCGGAAUCCGCCUCGUCCACUCCUUCUGAGUCUGCGGACAUUCAAAAGCAAACCUCAAUCUUCCAGUGGGAGGACGUCUGCUAUGACAUCAAGAUCAAAGGAACCCCGAGAAGAAUCCUGGACAACGUGGACGGUUGGGUUAAACCUGGCACCUGCACCGCAUUGAUGGGUGUCUCGGGGGCUGGUAAAACCACAUUGCUUGAUGUUCUUGCAACCAGAGUGACGAUGGGAGUAGUCACUGGCCAGAUGCUUGUUGAUGGGCACCCUCGUGAUAGUUCUUUUCAACGGAAGACGGGCUAUGUACAGCAGCAGGACCUCCAUCUAGCAACGUCGAAUGUUCGCGAAGCCCUUGAAUUCAGCGCUUUGCUGCGCCAACCUGCCCAUCUCAGCCGCAAACAGAAAAUUGACUACGUUGAGGAAGUGAUCAAGCUUCUGGGUAUGGAGGCUUAUGCGGAUGCAGUGAUAGGUGUUCCUGGGGUAGGACUGAAUGUUGAACAGCGCAAGCGGUUGACUAUCGGCGUCGAGCUUGCUGCGAAGCCGCAGCUUCUGCUUUUCCUAGACGAACCUACUUCGGGUUUGGAUAGUCAGACAUCCUGGUCCAUCUUGGAUCUGAUCGAUACAUUGGCAAAACACGGCCAAGCAAUCCUCUGUACCAUACAUCAGCCUUCCGCAAUGCUGUUCCAGCGAUUUGACCGUCUUCUUUUCCUUGAUACAGGGGGCAAGACCAUCUACUUUGGUGAGAUAGGCGAGAAUUCAUCCACAUUAUCAAGCUACUUUGAGCGCAACAAUGCCAAAGCACUCCAAAUGGGAGAGAAUCCGGCAGAGUGGAUGCUAGAGGUCAUUGGGGCGGCUCCUGGAUCUCACAGUGAUAUUGACUGGUUCAAGGUGUGGCGAGAGAGUCCGGAAUACGUUCAGAUGAAAGAGCAUCUCGCGGAAUUGAAAUCUUCUCUGUCUACCAGACCACGGGAGAAACUUGACUCAGAAGUUUUUCGAGAAUUCGCUGCACCAUUUCACGCUCAACUAUGGGAAUGCUUGGUCCGCAUCUUUGCUCAGUAUUAUCGCUCGCCCACUUAUAUUUGGUCCAAAGCCGCUCUAUGUAUUUUCACCGCCCUUUACAUCGGAUUUUCAUUCUUUCAAGCGAAGACAUCUAUGCAAGGCUUGCAGAACCAAAUGCUCUGCAUGUUCAUGUUAUUAACUAUCUUUGGGAAUUUGACCCAAAUGAUAAUGCCCAACUUUGUGACUCAAAGAUCGUUAUAUGAGGCUCGCGAGCGUCAAUCCAAGGCCUAUUCAUGGCAAGCCUUCAUAACCGCCAACAUUAUUGUUGAACUACCUUGGAACAGCCUCAUGGCGCUUCUCAUUUUCGUGUGCUGGUAUUAUCCGAUUGGGCUCUAUAACAAUGCGAAGCCAACCGAUGCCGUCUCGGAAAGGGGAGCCUUGAUGUUUUUGCUGAUCUUGACAUUCCUCCUUUUCACCUCUACGUUCGCCCACAUGGUGAUAGCAGGGAUUGAACUGGCCGAAACCGGCAGCAAUGUUGCCUCUCUAUUGUUCUCCCUUUGUCUUCUCUUCUGCGGUGUACUCGCUACAAAAGAGGCAUUACCAGGAUUCUGGGUAUUUAUGUACCGCGUUUCGCCGUUUACCUAUCUAAUCUCUGGGAUGCUUUCAACUGGUCUCUCUGGGACAAAGGUCACUUGCGAAGAGGUUGAGUAUUUGAAGUUCCAACCGCCGGCGAACCAAACCUGUCAGGAAUAUAUGAAUCCCUUCCUCGAAAUUACUCAUAAUGGCUACCUGAAGGAUCCGCAAGCCACGUCCGAAUGUGCCUUUUGCCCGAUCAGCGAGACCGAUGCUUUCCUACGGGGUAUAUCGAGUGAGUCCUCAGAUGCGUGGCGGAACUUCGGCCUGAUGUGGGCAUAUAUUGCGUUCAACGUUGUCGGGACAGUCUUUAUCUAUUGGUUGGCUCGCGUGCCCAAAAGUCAGAGGGUUUCGGAUCCGCAUAAGAGUUGA